AUGAGUGAUACACCGAAAAAGAAACGAAUUGAAGAAAGCGAACAGGUUGUUGAUGAAAAAUACGAAUAUAUUACAAAACUACCUGAUGGAGGUUAUGGUUGGGUAAUUGCUAUUACUGCGAUGCUUUGUAAUCUUGUUUGUGAUGGGACAUUGUUUACUUUCGAUAGCAUGAAAUUUAAUUUACAAAAACAUUUUGGAUGUUCUGACAUGAUUAUUCUUCUCGCGGUAUCUGCUCCUUGUGGCAUUUAUUUAUUAGUUGGUCCAAUUGUAUCAGUUCUCUCUAAGAGAUAUAGUUUUCGACUAACAAUUAUAAUUGGAAGUAUUGGUUCAGCUGCUUGUACAUUUAUAUUAACUAUGUCAAGAAAUCUUAUGGAACUCAUAAUUAUUCAUGGAAUAAUUGGCAGAUUCGUUAUGGCUGGCGGAAACAUUGGUGCUUUAAUAUUUUAUCCAUGGUCUAAGUAUGUGAUGGAAACGUUUGGUUGGCAACGUGCUUUACUUACACUUGCUUUUAUCAUGCUGACAUGUAUUUUAUUCGGAACAAUAAUGAAACCAUUAAAACCAGAGCGAGUACCAAUACAGCGAACGGAUGAUAUCAUAAAAACAAAACCGGAUCUUACAACAGCAUCGUCAACUGAUGAUGCGAAUAUGCCAUCAUCGUUCUACAAUCAUGCAAUGAAUACGAAUGAUCAAAUUAAUGCUCCUGAUGUUUCAAAUUUAAUUGUAACAUCUUCACAUGGUGGUACUAACACAAUAUCACCAUCACGUCGACCAUCAUCGAAUGCAAAUGUUUCUCAUCUCUUUGGAGUUCCCGAUGCAGAAAAUGCAUGUCGUCCAUUAGAUAAAAAAGAUGUACUAUUCACUGGCUCAAAACAACAAUUUCAUACAUCACAAAGCAACACGUAUGCACCAUCGAUGAUAAAUUUUUCAAUAUUGAAAAAUUGGCAGAUGCUACUAAUUUAUAUCGGAAAUGUUUUUUCUAUGGUUGGAUAUGGUUUAUCAAUCGUGAAUCUUGUUUUACUUGCAGUUUAUGGUCAUGGGUUAGAUAUAAGAAGUGCAUUACGUUUAAGAAACGUAUUUGAAUUUUUCUAUACAUUAGGCCUACUUUCAGGAGGAUUUAUGACUAUGAUACCUCAUCUCAGUGCUUUACGCGUUCAUAAUACAUUUUUAUUCAUUGCUGGUAUUGUAACCGUUUUAGCUGCUUAUGCAAAUAACUUCAUAACUCUUGCGCUCUAUGCUGGUGUAUUUGGUUUUGCCAUUGCACCUCAUGCGUCACUUUUACUAAGUGUAAUAUGUGAUUGUGCUGGUCUUGAUCGGUAUAUAACAGCUAUUAGUGUUCUACUUCUUGUUCGUGGUGUUUCAAAGUCAAUUGGAGUAUUUGCUACAGAUCAUCACGUAAUUUCAAAAAUAGGUUAUUUCGUAAGUUACCGUAACAGCUAUAACUUAGCAUUUAUGCUUGGUGAUGCAAUGAUCAUAAUUAGUGCUUUCCUUCAUAUGUGUUUAUCACGUGUUCAACUCGAACGUUUGCAAGAAAAAAAAGUAGUCGAAAAAGAAAUGGAAAACAUUGAUGUUUGA